AUGGCUCCGGAAAACGCCCCCGCGGAUGGCGGUGGGGGCGGGGGGGCUGUCUCCGCCAGCGCUGCCGCUGUCAUCGCAGAAGAGGUUGCGCCGAAAGGGCAUUUGCCCGCGCGGAGUUUAAACCGCGAGGCGGAGGAGGACGCGGCGCUUAUGCGCGUGUUGCGCGCGCGCAUGGUCCCGCGGGGCUUUGCGCUAGAGACAGAAGAGACUUCCGGGGACGAGGGCGGGGAGGAGGGUGAAGAGGAGCGCAAGCGAGAGGGAGACCUCGGGGCGCAAGGGGGGAGUUUUGUUGAGCCACCUGAGGGGGAGAAGGGCGGCGUGCGGAGAUCGAAGCGGGGCGGGCGGGGGAAGGCAAAAGAGGCGGAGAAGGCGGAUUCUGACGAAGUGAGCGACGGCGCGGGGGGCGUGCGGCGGUUGCCCCUGUCCGGAAAGCGAGUGAAGGGGCGAGGAAUAACGGGGGUGAAAGAGGGAGAGGGCGAGGGAGGAGGGGGAAUGCAUGGCGUGAAGGGGACUGCGGUGAAGGAGGAGGUAGGGGAGGAAAAGGGGGAGAAUGACGUGAUUAGAGAGCAGGGGCGGGCAAGGGAGGCGGUGGAAGCGGGGAGGUUGCAACUGGCGGAGGGCGAUGUGUGCAAGCUGACCAAGGAGCGGAUUCACAACGUCAUCAUGCUGCCCUUCCGGGAUCGUCUGGUGGUGGUGGCAGGGGACAAGGCAGGGCAGGUGGGCGUGUGGGACCUGGGGGACAUGGACGCUAACGGCUGUGCUGGUGCUGGUACAACGGGAAGCGGCAGUGCAGAUGGCAGCAGCGGCGCCAGGGCAUCUGAGGAUGCAACGGGCAUGUUCACCUUCUGGCCGCAUCGCAACCCCGUGUCAGGCCUCGCGCACUGCCCUCUCUCGCUCUCCAAUGUGUACACGGCUUCAUACGACGGCACCAUCCGCUUUGCCUUUGAUCCUCGGGCAUGCCAUGGCGGCCCUGUGGGCAGCUGGGAAAUUCACGAGAAAAAGGUCGGCACGAUCAGCUUCUGCCCGGGGCAGGAGGAAAUUAUCGCCACAGCUUCUACUGACCGGACUGUCUGCUUGUGGGAUGUGCGUAAGAUGUUGGGCGGGGGAGAGGGAGGUGGAGGGAAGCGUAGGAAGACAGAGGAAGGGCAGGGAGGAAGCGCUGGAACUGCGUUAUUCCAUGCAGCUCAUUCCGCGGCAUCAGUCACUCCUCUCAUGAAGCUGCCCCAUGCCCGUGCAACCAACUCUGCAUACUUCUCACCCGAUGGUGCCUUCCUCGUCUCCACCAGUUACGAUGACACCAUCCGCCUGUGGAAAAGAGACCAGUGGAAGCAAGCCAUUCUGGCACCCUCCAAGUCCACCCCUCCAAGCCCCAAGCCGCGCAUAUCAAAGAAGCACAACAACCAGACAGGCCGAUGGGUCCUUCAGAGCCAUGUGGGCGACCCCUCUGCUGCCUCCACCACCACAUGGCUCCCAACCCCACUCAUCCCCCUCUCCUCUCCUCACCCCCCUCCCUCCGUAUCCUCCAGAGCCGAUUGGGUUAGCGGCGGCAGUGAGCAUGUGGUGGUGGGAGGCAUGGGUCGCACUCUCGAUAUCCUCUCUGCUGCUUCUAACACAUGGCUGCCGCCUCUCAGCAGCCCAGAGCACAUGACAUCCAUCCCUGCUCGCCUCGCCACGCACCCCUCGCUGCCCAUCAUCGCUGGUGGUAGCGCCAGUGGACGCGUCUUUGUGUGGCGCCCUGCUGCUGGCAGUGCUGCUGCUGCUGCUGCUCAUGGUGCUGCUGCUGGUGAUGCCGAUGCUGAUUCUGAUGGUGGUGGUGGUGAUGGUGAGGAUGAUGAUGUGGUACAUGUCUCUGAUGCUGCUGAUGGGGCGUGA